GAUUUGCGAUUCUGUUGCGCAGUGUGGAUGAGCUGGGACUUGCUAAGAAUGGAUUUACAGCGGACGUUGGAACUGGUGUUGGAGAUUCCUUCAUCAUGGAAGAAACCUAAAGGAUCUCAGCGGCGGGGUGCUCGACUACUCCCAAGCCAGACAAUCCUCCUACCGCGGAAUCCCGGCUGCAGAUUAAAGAAUCGCGAGAGCUGGUGGGAGAGGAAUCCCUUCUUAAAUUCAACCAGUUUUGCCUCUAUUGAGCGAUUUCUUCUUAGCAGACAGGAUUCUUAGCAAGGUAAGCAUAUAUUGACUCAAGAAAAAGAAAAGUCUUACCCAGCGCCUUGUGCUUACCUAAUACGACUUAUACAAAAUUUAAUCCUUAUGCGUAGGCAGCAAAAGGCAUUAUUCUUGCUUUCUAUUGCGGCUGUGGCCACGCCUCCCUGGCUUGGCCGUCCUGCUGGCCCCUCACUCCCAUCCCAGUCACACCUUUCAGUUUCGAAUGAAGUCCUGUUCUGUGUCUUUAGUGCUUAGAUAUGUUCCAGUCUCCCCAAUGCCUCGUUUCCGUCCUGAAAAGACUUCUCAGGCUUUACCGGAUUCGUUUCCGUCUCGAAAAAAAACUUCUCAGGCUUUAAGUCUCUUGGCAUACAUACAAGAAAAGUGGUGGGGUUUGUUUUUCUUGUUUUGUUUUGGUAUUUGUUUUAGUGUUGGAGGUCGAACCUAGGGCCUGCUAAGCAUGCUUACCAGCCAAAGGCUCUCCCACUGAGCUGCACACCCAGUUCCUGGUUUAGCUCUUGUUUCUGUCUCCAGCGAUGCUUUUAGGGCCCCCGUCGCUGCUCUUAUCCAUUCUUCCAGUCAUAAGUCUCCCAGCCUGUCCCUUUGUCGCCCAGCCAUUCCAAACUUGAUUCCAUCCCCUAUAUCGGACCUUGUUCCGCCUAAGCUAGGUUUUACAAGUUUAGUCUUCAGGCGCAAUUAGGAUCCCUAGUCCUUGAGCCCCUUCCCACACAAGUCAUGGUUUCUGGGUUUGUUGCUCUGUUAACUUUUCCCUGCUCAAGUCAUGCCUCCUGGGUAUACAUACGGUCUGGUCGCAGGCUGAUCUCUGCCUUGGCAGUAACCCUAAGCCUUUUCCAGCACAAGCCAAACCUCCGCACGCCACUAGUCGCUUAGCUCUAGACGCGCCCCUUGUCUCUUCCUACUGAAGCCACGCCUUCCCAUUGUUGUGGACGGCCUCCAAUCAGCUCCUCUGCCGCUGGCCACACCCUUCCACUCGGCGGCGCUUUUUCAAAUGCUAGUACUUUGGCCUUGUUUGCAACGCCUGCUGCCCUUCGUCUCUGUCUUUUAUCCUCUCUCCCAGAGUCCCACUUUGGGAGUUUGCUGCUUUUCCUCUGACUGGCCUCCAGGCCCCCGGGCCCCCGGGCCCCCGGGCCUCCUGGCCCCUGGGCCCCUUGGCCACGCCUCAGGACCACUCCCCGCCCGUCGGAGCCACGCUUUCUAGGCGUGUUGCUUUCUUCAUCCCAGCUUGCGUGGGGUCUACCUGCCUCUGCUCGCCACGUCUCCCGGCUAUGACUACGCCCUGAGCCCCCUCCUCGCCAGAGUCACGCCUUCUGGGUUGUCUGCUGACCCCAUUUGGGUUUGCUGCUUAUACUUAGCUCCACCUCAUGGCCACGCCCCCGAGGCAUUCUUCACCUUCAGCCUUCUGGAUUUGCUGUUAGCCUUCCUCUUGGCCCUGGCCACGCCUCGUGCCCCCUCCUCCACCAAGCCACAUCCAGGUUUUCCUAGAGUCACGCCUUCUGGGUUGUCUGCGGACCCCUUUUGGGUUUGCUGCUUAUACUUAGCUCCACCUUAUGGCCACGCCCCCGAGGCACUCGUCACCUCCAGCCUUCUGGGUUUGCUGUUCGUCUUCCUCUUGGCCCUGGCCACGCCUCGUGCCCCCUCCUCUCCCAAGCCACAUCCAGGUUUUCCUAUUUCCAGUUCCAUCCGCUAGCCAAGCCAGUCAGGCCUAGUCAGUCUCUAGUCUUGACCUCUAAACGGUCGUCAGCCCGCGCCUGUCCAGUCCCGGGGCCUCGGGCACUUUCCUAGAAAAGUAGGGAUUCUCGGCGGGCCUCUGAAAGUCGCGCCGGUUUGGCCAGUCCGACCACCCCAGCGCUGUCCAGGGAACGCGGCCUCGCCGCCACCGGAAACGGAAGCGUGCGACAGCUGGACCAUGGCGACUCUGUUUGACCUCCCAGACUUGGUGCUCUUGGAGAUCUUCUCUUACCUCCCUGUCCGGGACCGGAUCCGCAUCUCCAGGGUCUGUCACCGCUGGAAGAGGCUAGUGGAUGACCGGUGGCUAUGGCGACACGUCGACCUGACGCUCUACACGAUGCGGCCGAAAGUCAUGUGGCACCUCCUGCGCCGGUACAUGGCGUCCCGGCUCUACUCGUUGCGCAUGGGCGGCUACCUGUUUUCUGGCUCUCAGGCCCCACAGCUGUCCCCCGCCUUGAUGAGGGCCCUGGGUCAGAAAUGCCCCAAUCUGAAGCGCCUGUGCCUGCACGUGGCUGACCUGAGCAUGGUGCCUAUCACCAGCCUUCCUAGCACACUGAGGACCCUGGAGCUGCACAGCUGCGAAAUCUCCAUGAUCUGGUUGCAGAAAGAGCAGGACCCCACGGUGCUGCCUCUGCUGGAAUGCAUCGUGCUGGACCGAGUGCCGGCCUUUCGCGAUGAGCAUCUGCAGGGCCUUACCCGAUUCCGAGCCCUGCGCUCGCUGGUGCUGGGCGGCACCUACCGGGUCACUGAGACCGGGCUAGAUGCCAGCCUGCAGGAGCUCAGCUACCUGCAAAGGCUUGAGGUGCUGGGCUGCACCCUGUCAGCUGACAGCACGCUGCUGGCCAUCAGCCGCCACCUUCGAGAUGUGCGCAAGAUUCGGCUGACCGUUGGGGGCCUCUCAGCCCAGGGCCUGGUCUUCCUGGAGGGAAUGCCUGUCCUGGAGAGUUUGUGCUUCCAGGGUCCCCUUAUCACCCCAGACAUGCCCACACCCACUCAGAUUGUGUCCUCCUGCCUCACCAUGCCGAAGCUCAGAGUGCUUGAGGUGCAAGGGCUGGGCUGGGAGGGUCAGGAAGCAGAGAAAAUCCUGUGCAAGGGCCUGCCCCACUGCAUAGUUAUUGUUAGGGCUUGUCCCAAAGAAUCCAUGGAUUGGUGGAUGUGAGGGCAUCACCCAUCCAUCUCUGGAACCUAGCCUAGCUUGGAGAGUGACCUUAUAAGCAAACUGAAGCAUGUAAAUUCAUCAGGCGUGAGGGAACUGGAGGUGUCAAGGAAAGGAAGCUAGGACCUUGGGGCUUCCUGAGCUGGGGUUAUCUGUAAUCUGGGUCACCUCAGACUUGUCAUCAAGCCUCUGGAAGACCCCGUUCACACAUUUAGGAAUAGGCAUCAUAGCUACCUCAUGAUUCAUUUUAAAAUCUUUAACACCCCUUCCCCUCUUUCUUUUCCAGUACCUGGGACUCAAACCCAUGGCCUUAGGUCUGGUAGAGAAGCACUGCUGUGCUGCUGAGCCACCCCAGAGACCUUAGAGAGGGCUCAUUUUCAAGUGGAGGUGUGUGGAGUUCAGGGCUCCGAGGUUGGCCUGGUUUUCUACAUACAUGGUUGAGAGGCAUAGAGGGCAGGGGCAAGGGAGCAUGCUGUUGGAUUGUCCUAGUUUUCUAGAAGGUUCUCAGUCAUAUUUACUGUAUUUUGUAUCCUGUCUUUUUCAAGUUUUCUACAGCAUAUAUUUUACUAUUAAAGAAAAAUAAUGUUUUUCAAA